GCGCCCAAGUGACGUCACAGAAACGCCAGACGACAUUUCUUCCCGAUUAUGGUAAACACUUGACAGAGCACAAAGUUGGAUACCAAAGUCACAGAAGGCCGCCAAUACGUAGUACACCGGACCAAGGACAAAGCCCCGGAUAAAGACUUUCAGUCUCAGAUUUAACACAGAAGAACAAUGUCUCAAACCUGAGCGCCGAUCAGGGGUAUACACACGCUCACUGCACCCAGCCCGUAAACAUAACUCAGAACGAGGCAAAGCGAAAGGGCUGGAUCGUCGCCCAACUUGAGAAGUUGAGAACUUUUAAUACAAGUACCCGUGUUCUUUUCGACAUAGAGAGGGAUACUUACUAAAACAGAAAGAAAGAGGCAUCGAGGAUGUCUAUAGGCUCUAUAAUCGGAGGGGGUGCCGUCCCUGAAGAAGCUUCAAGGGGCGAGCAACGACGACUGGAUCGACAGACUGAACCAUGUUUGGACGGUUUUCCUUUUCGCCUUAUUCGCAAUUGUUGUGAGUACUGGACAGUUCGUUGGCGACCCGAUUCACUGCUGGUGCCCAGCAGAGUUUACAGGUGCCUAUGUCGAUUAUGCCAAAUCAUACUGCUGGAUUAAAAAACACGUACUAUAUCCCUAUGGAUACUCCGAUCCCCGUAGAUCAUGCAGAACGCGAUUCAGAGGAGUUGACCUACUACCAGUGGGUUCCUCUCAUUCUCCUCUUCCAGGCCUUCAUGUUCAAGUUCCCAAACAUCUUGUGGAGGGUCUUCAAUGGCGGCGCCGGAAUCAACCUGGACAAGAUUGUUGAAAUGGCUGAACAGACCCAGAUGGGAUCCCCUGAAGACCGGAACACAACGAUUGAGCACAUCGCAAAGUACAUGGACAGGUGGCUGGAAACCCACAGAGAGUACCACUGGAACAUCAUUGUCAGAGCUAAACAGAAGAUGGCAAGGUUCUGCUGCUUCUUCUGCAACAAGAGAGCCGGAACCUACUUAACUGCUUUUUACCUCUUCAUCAAAGUCUUAUACGCCGCAAACGUGAUCGCCCAGUUUUUCAUUCUAAAUGCUUUCCUCGCAACAGAAUACAACAUGUAUGGGUUUGAUGUAAUGGCCAAGUUGGCUUCCGGACAGGAAUGGAAAGAGUCACCAAGGUUCCCGAGAGUCACCCUCUGUGACUUUAAGAUUCGUCAGCUUCAGAAUAUCCAAACGUGGACAGUCCAGUGCGUCCUUCCCAUCAAUCUCUUCAACGAAAAGAUCUUCAUCUUCAUCUGGUUCUGGCUCGUCCUCGUAGCGGCCCUCACAUGCGUCAACAUGGUGGCCUGGUUGUACAGAGUCAUGUUCAAGAGAAACAGACCAGCUUACAUCAAGAAGUACCUGAAAAUCAGCAAUGAACUCCACACGGGUUCCGACAAGAAACUGUGCGCCAAAUUCGCUGACCAGUAUCUUCGAGAUGAUGGUGUUUUCGUUAUUCGUGUCAUCUCGAAGAACUCCACAGAUCUCGUUGCUACAGACUUAGUGUUUAAGCUAUGGCAGAUCUACAAGGAUAAAACGCUUCCAUCCAAGAACCCUGAAGAUGAUGAGCCAACGGGAGAGGAUGUUAAAGAAUCAUUGGCUUAAUAAACAUACGAACACAUAGAAAUCUUUGACACCAAUCGGCAAAACAUCUGAGCAGGGCAGGAGAGACGAUUAGGAGGGCAGGAGAGAGCAAGCUCUGUUGCUGCUGUGUAAACGAAAAUCGAUUCUCUUAAGAUUGGGAUGAUAAAUGUGAGAUGCAAGUUAGUCAGCAAAACGGAAUUGGCAUGUGCCUUGUUAUCACAUAUGUUUCUAGGCUGUAGAAACUCAAAUUUGUCUUGAAAGUAAGAACAAAAGUGGUGUGUUUACGUGAUUUCCAGUGAGUUUCAGAUCAAAAUUGUCUUCCAAGUACAUGCAAUGUACAAACCACCAGCCUUAAUCUACAGGAUUUAAUACAUUUACUUUAGCUUUCUUGCUUUUCUGUUUACGCUAAUUCUUCGUAGUGGUCAUUUACAUUUGUGGGUUAUUGUUUGGCCAUUUCGUCCCUAGAGUAUAGUCAGUAGAUAUAAUGUAAUUACCAGCAUACUAAUGUUUAUUUGCACAAAGUACCACCACGUUCUGAUCACCACAAGCAGGUGCUCUAGCAUGGACGGUGUAGAUGACUGGUGACGUAACAAUGGCAGUUUCAAACAGUUUCGUUUCUGUGAUAAUUUUAGUUUGAUUUGACAUGAUCCAUUUGCAUAGGAUAACCUUUCACUGUAAAUAACUACGGUCAAGCAUAGUGAUCGCUUAUCAUGGAUGAUAAUUCGACACUUUGCCCUAAUUGCUAAUCACUGCCGCUACAAGAUCACCUUCCCGUCUCCAGUGACAUACGUAAGUGAUAGGGUUUAAUAACAUACACAGUGAUAGGGUUUAAUAACCUUCACAGCGUUCUCUGAAAACAGACUUGAUAAGCAUAUUGCUUUAAACCAACAUUACCGUACAUCCGUAGUUAGUUUUCCAUGCUACUGGCGUGUUUGUCUAGUCACUAAACACACAAGGUAUGUUCACUGAUAAAAUCAAUUUCGGUCCUACUUCAUAGACUCCACAUUCCACAUCCACACACAGUUGUGACGAAGAAAUCAAAAUUAAGAAAUUGUUCAACAAGCUGAUGUGUAAUAUAAGUAGUGAACUAUAUCAUGGAUAUAUGUAGCUAGGCUUUUGUAUAGAGUUAGAAAACUGACGUACCUAGCAUGGUGGCUGUUCAAUCAAAAGUAUGUAAGUAGCAACUAAUACCAUAUUGCUUGUAGAAUAGAAAAUGAUAAUGCUUUGGUAUGUGUACGUCAUCACAGAUAUUUAAAAGUUUGUGUUGUCAUGCAUAUGUUUAUGAAAUGUACUUCAUAAGAAAUUAUACCAUUUACAUGUUAAACGAAUUUAUGAAUUGCUGGUAAUUUUCUGUUGCGUGUCAUAUCGGCUUGUAAAUGCUGUCUGUUAACUUCAAUACUAUAUCUGUAUGUUCCAACGUCUUUCCAAUCAACUUCAUGGCUCAGUAUGACAUAUGGCAUUAUAAUGUUGUAUUUAUGACGUGAAUCUGUAUGGUCUGUUACAAAUAGUCGACUAUGCAAAUAAUGUUUCUCAGCCAAGUGUCACCAUUACUGAAUGGUGUCUAUUGCUCUUCUUCGUGGAAGUUUAACGAAGGAUACUUGUGAUAGCCAGUUUGUCUGCACUGUUCUUCCGUGUAAUAUAGAUAUAUUUUCUACAUUUUAUAUAUUACGCCCAGGUGGUCACAAUCUGCUAAAUGUAAAUAUAUGUGUUUUAUUUGUAUUAUUCGUCUAUUAAUAUUAACGAGGCGUGCAACAGAUCUGGGAUCAAAUGACUCCACGAAUGACUGUUUCGAAUCGACCAUAUCCAAAUUUUAUCGAUUAAGGAAAAUUUGUUUUACAUUAUAAUCCGCCAUUUUUAUGUCUGUCUUAAAUGGCGAUCAGAAAACUCCACAAUGUGUGUUGUCAGUAAGUGUUAGUGACUGAGGAUGAUAAACUAUCAGCUGUGACAAGACUGGUCAGAUGUCCAGCACCUUCCGAAGGUUUAGGAUCGACACUCCACCAUUCUUCCUCCAAAAUCAGUUGCAGGAAUUUCGUCACAUUGGGACACGACAACGGCAUUUGACUCGAAAUACUCGCAACAAACGUUUUAUCCAUUCCAGGUCACAUUCUCAACAAUGUAUCUAAGCUAUUUCGCGUUUAUUUCCACGAAUAUGUCAAGUUCUUUUUCAUUCCAUUUCUGAGAGCACAGAAGCAAAUACCAAUCAAGCGCCAAUUGUAUAACAUGUAUAUGUGUGUAGAGAGGUUUGAAGUUAGAUGAAGUUAGAGGGACCAAAAUAAAACGUUCCACAAAGAUAUUUACACCAUAUUUCAUGUCACGUUCAUUUCAUCACGUGUGGAUGCAGGAAUUGCUUUUCCACACGCUAAACCGAUAUAGGUGGGUUGUUACAACGAACUGUACAUAGUUUCAUUCUCUGGCCUGGUGUAUAACUUUGGACGUGUAUCCAUUUACUGGAACUUUUUCUUUUCAGGUGAGAUAUCAUUCGACAAUUAAAUGUCUUCCUUUUUAUAAAUAGUUUAUGUAUAUUUUCAUUCAAAGAGAUGUAUAAGCUUGCGUUGUUAUCAUGAAGAAAUUCUACAUUUGAAUGUGUAAUAAAAGACAAGAACAAAUAAAAUAUAUGACAUUUGA